GGAUUCUUCUCAUAUUUAUACAUAUCAUUAGAUAGACAUUGUUGAUAGUCCAGAUUCUACCUUUUUACACAGAAAAGUAGAUAGACAGUCGUGGUUCAGUUGUUGUUUAUCCAUGUGAGAUUUGGUGACCCAUGAGAUUUUGGAUACUUGUAGAUUUUGGAAACCUGAGGUUUCGGUUACUUGUGGUUUUGAAGUUGGAUUUCGAAUGAUGGAUUUCUACUCCUCGGGAUAGCUUGCUUUUAAAAUAAAGGUUUUUAUGUGGGAAACGGUUUUCAAAAUGAUUUUCGGCUUUUCAUGGAUUUUUGGAAAACUAGAAUUUCAAAGUGAAGCCUUCGGGUGGGAGACGCUUUCAACUAAUAGGAAUGAAUGUGAAGUUGAUAUGGAAUGGUUGUGACUAAGGACGACUAGCUGUAUGAUGUGAAACUUUUGAAAUGUUGUUUGUGCGAGUGGAGGUCAUGUUUGUCAAUUGUAAUAUAUGCUACGCCGUGCAAAUAUAGGAGGGACUGUCUGUUUGAACGAAAUUUUUUUUUGUAUUUGUAGCGGGUCUGUUACAUCCUCGGGACACGGUUAAAAAAAAAAUGGGUACUUUUUUGCUGACUCUAAUUUAUUAAAUGGCUCGAUUUCAAAAUGGCUCUACAAAAAAGGACCUUUGGGCGUGACACCACAACUUCUCUAGCUUCGUCGAUCGAUCAGUUUUGAGACCUUGAUCUCGUUUUUUUGGCUUCUAAUUAGAUUCUAGUAUUGAUGUUUUGACAGGGAUUUAGGUAGAUCGUGCCAAUUGCAUGCGUUGAGGAUUUCUUAUUACAGUUGGGCCAGUCCUGCGACUAUACACAUAUACCUGCACCCGUGCGAUCUUUUCUCAUCCCAUCACCUUGUAAAUAGAGGAUUGGAUAUGGGGCCAUGGAAUAAUUUGUGGCUAUUCACGAAGAAGUCUAUAACUGGCAUUAUUAUUGGUGUUACCAUUUCAGAUCGAUACUUGACCUUUGUUUCUGUAAGGGGUGAUUCUAUGCACCCUACAUUCACGGCAAGCCCCACAACCUUUCCAGGAUCCUUGAAAGGUGAUCUUGCGUUAGCCGAAAGGUUCUGCCUCGACAAGUAUAGAUUCUCCAAUGGUGAUGUGAUACUAUUUAAGUGCCCGAGUGACCAUAAGCAGAUAUUUGUGAAGAGGUUAAUUGCCUUACCAGGUGAUUGGAUUCAAGUUCCAGAGUCUUCUGAGAUAUUGAGGAUCCCCGAGGGGCACUGUUGGGUUGAAGGUGAUAAUGCAGCUUGUAGUUGGGAUUCUAGAUCUUUUGGCCCCAUUCCUUUGGGUCUAGUUCGAGGGCGGGUGACCCAUGUGGUUUGGCCACCGUGGAGGAUGAGUCAAGUAGAGAGAAAAAUUCCAGAAGGAAGAAUUUCAUCUUAUUGACACAAUCUAUUACAAUAAGGCAAAUUUCUUUGAUGAAGUAUAUGAUUGAUAUUCAAGUUUGGGGUCGUUCCUUUCACUAAUUUGCAAUAUCCCAAGAAUCCUAUACAUUUCCAUUAAAGAUGGUGGGAUUGCCACCAUCAACUCAACUGGGAAGAGUAAGAAACUUAGACCCUGUUCGGAUGCAAUGUUUGUACCUGAUAUUAUUUGCAACAUUUUCAAUGGUGUCUUUUAAAACUGUAUGUUCUUAGUUUAUGUAAAAUUUCUUUUUUUGCCCAAUUUUAUCAUAGUAUAUGUUUCAUCCAAUUAGUGAUUAGUGCUUCUUAUAAGUGUUAUUUAAGCAGAAUUAUUCGAAGGAGCACAAAUUAGGCCAUAUGUUUUUGUUGGAUAUGAGACUGUUCUAUGUUGGUGUUGGGAAAUUGUUUGCAAGUGGGCGCCUAGUAACAUGAUUUUAUUUAGUUAGUUGUUUUAUAUA